AACACAAAAAAACGAAAAAAAAAAACCUUCACUCACGAACCCGCCCUUCAGGGAAUUUGAAUUCCCCGAACGGCUAGCUCCAGCACUCCUGUCCAGUUCCGCCAACGCUUUUUCCUGUCACGCCUCUAACGGACGUUUCCACACAUGCUCGAAUUCAAACGCGAUCCGAUCGACACUACCAUCUCAUGAACCCCAUCCCUCCCCCGUCCCCCCACCCAACCUUCGUACGCCCUCGCGGAUUGAAGAAACGUAGGGCACCGACUGAUCUCUCUCUCUCGAUCGACCCAAUUCUAGCAUCCAUCCUCUCGAGGACGAAGAAUUGAAGAAGAUUGCUACAUCAGUGACAGUGCAGCUCAUGGUCUGUCAGCGAGUGAGUGCAUCGGUUUGGUAGAGAGAGAACGGUGGCCAGCAGUUUGAUUGGACUGUGAAUUUGGUCGAGAGAUUGUCUGUCUAUGUAUUGGGAGGGGUGUCAUCUGGGAGCGGGCGCGAGGGAGAGGAGAUAACAGCAGCAGAUUUUGGACUGGUGAGGUGAGAUGUCAUACCCCGAGAGACCUUCGUAUCAGAAGCCUACGAAGAGUUCUUCAUCGCCGUCGGUAACGCCGGUGAGGAGGAAUCCGGGUGGAAAUGUUCCUCUCGUCAGGGGGCUGUCGCCUGUGCGGAGCCCUUACUAUGGAAGAGUCCAGGAGCUCGAAACCCAGCGAAGCCACAACAAUCCUCUCUACAGCAACCAUUCGACCGACGGUGGUCAUGGUGACAGAAGAACCUCCCGUGCUGUGGUCGAUAACGCAUCGACUAAGAUCGUGAAAGACUUGAAAGAGAACUUUGAGACGGAAGAGCCGUGGAAGGUUCAUGUGGAGAAGGGUCAGUAUGGAGGAAAGCCGACGUGCACGACGCCGGGAAAGACUUCGCGAGUGGCUGCUAUGCAGUUCACCACCCCACCCAAGCCCAUUGUCAAGCGCAAGAUUCUGUCUGAACAUAACAGGGAUGCUGCUUCUGCCGCUGCGAAGCCUCUGGGUUCUUCGAGGAGAGGGGAAGAUAGCCGCGUCGAGAAAACUGCCACUCGCAGUCACGACGGGUCUCGCGUCGAGUCCGAGAAACGAUCGUCCGAAACGAGCUCGGAUGAGUCUGAUGAGCAUCAUCACGCUCCCAUGGUUUCCAUUGAGGAACUACAGAAGAGAAUUCAAAGGUUCUUGCAGACGGAAGGUUCUCCUCUGGAUGCUCCCGUGUCCCCAGUCCAGUGCACGGAGAGCAUCAGACGGUUCUCAGGUGUCGUCUGUGGCGAGAGCCCCGAGCCCGGUGUCGAAGAUGUCGUCACUUCCUACCAUCCGGUGUUUUCGCCUUACUCACCACGCCCAGAAUUUCUUCGGGCCAGGACUAGAAGCCCUUCGCCUGCUCCAAUGGAAGCGGAAGAAGACGGGAGUUUGACACACGACCAAUCUCCCAUACCGACAUUGGAGAAGUCCACCACUCCAACAAGCUACGAUCCGAAGAACAAUUUCCUCUCCCCCAGGCCACAAUAUCUCCGAUACCGACCUCUGAGACGGCUUGAGCUUCUGCGCCGAAGCGCAGACGCAUUGCUGGACCUCGACUUGGAUUCACCCGCUACAGAUGCGGAUUCCGUGAGGGUAGAGUCCGAGAAAGGCACAAACGAGUCCCAGGAAAUCCAGUCCGAGGAGCUGCUGCCCUCAGUGGCUUCCGAUGUCCUGGAACCGUCUACCCAGGAUGCCGAAACAGAUAUCGUGAAAUGCAAGACAGAAGAGCGUCAGCUGGAGCUUGAUGAAGGAAUCUCUGCAGAAUGUGAAGCGAAGUCUGCACAUUCCGUUUCGGAGCUCAGCAACUUGACGUUUGAGAUCGGAGAAAGUUGUGCACAUGAUUCCUCCCACGCAGACUGUGCAGAGAGUGAAAAUGCUGUGCCGGAAGCCGAGGAAGAUGUGGAUGCAGAAGAAACUGAGAUUCUUGACACCGAGCAUCCGAUAAGUUUGGCCUCUCGUGUUUUCAAAACAUCAAUCUCUCUCAUCACCGUCAUCGGACUUAUUCUGUUAGUUCUUGCUGCCUCAGGAAGUCCUGGAAUGCUUCCCGAGUCUCUUCAUCACAAUGAGCUUUCAGGUUUCUGGCGAACGAGUGAACAACUUGCACCAGUUCGGAAAUUUCUCCAAUCCGUCGAAGGUUUGUGGAAGGACGGGUCUGGGGUACUGGACUAUCCAGUGAAUCAACCUUACAUGGAAGGCCUCCGAGUCAACCUGCAAGAGGUUGCUAAAGCUGUCACUUCCUUCGAUGCGCAGGAUGCCUCAAACGCAGCCAUGCACCUGUAUGCCGUCUCAACAUCGUACACUGCACCGGUCGCUUCAUCCGUUCUUCGAACAUCCUCCAAUGUCAAGAAGUGGGUGAUGGAUUGCGCAGAGUCGUAUAUCUCCCGAGCUCCAGACGUGGAUGAGUGGGACUGGGUUCCUGACUACGACUUCGUCGUGGCGAAGGAUGUGUUUGACUGGGCCGAGGGUUACAAAGCCAUCAUGGCGAAAGUCGACUCUUGGGAGAUUAAAUCCAUAUUCCAGUCCUACAUUGACACUCGAGGCGCCAAGAGCAUCGAGGAACUGAUCAGCGAAAAUUCUCUCGAGAGUGAUCUUGACGUCGUGAAGUCCAUCAUCUCCGAGAGCAAAUCUCCGAGGCCAGAAGUUCAUUUGGCGGAUUUGGUAUCAGAUGUCCCUUCUCUGGAGUCGGAGUCGGAGUCUCCAAAUAUCCAGUUCACACAAGAGCCGGACGAGGAGGCGGGUUCCGGUGAGGCUGGAGAACAGGUACUUCUUGAGAGUCUUGACCAAGAAAACACUCUCGAGGGAGCCGAGCUGACGACGGUGAUUCUGGGUCAAGAAGGAAGCGCAGCAUCAUCUGGCAGUCAAAUUGAAGGCAUCGAAAACCAGGUCGACGAGCUUGAUGAAGCUGCUCUGACCUCGCUGAGCUCAAAUGAAAGUGGAGCGGACAUGAUAGCUUCCUUCGACCAAGUAGAGACCUCACAUGCUGAUCUGAGCCAGCACGCGUCUGAACAUCUUCCGCAAGAAGCUUCACUCGGAGAAAAGCAAGAUUCAGGCUUGCCUUCUCCUAAAGACUCUGUGGAUCCCCAGGACACGAGGUCUCAAGAAUCAGCCCCCGAACCCACGAUGCUUGUCGAUGGUGAGCCAAAGCUUUCAAGCUCGUCUGUGGUUCCAAGCUUCAGGCUUGCCAUGAACCCCGCAGUUUUAGCUGCAGCCGUCACCUCCGUAAUUUUAGCUACGGUCAUAGCUAUCAUAUUCACGGGGCCGGGUCGAAAAUACACAUCACUUUUGAUGCGCAGGACGCGAGAAGUUGCUCAAAUCAAACAACGUUCCAUCGCUUCCAACACUGGUCAGAUAUCGAGAGGGAAGCUGCCAAGAACUACUCAGCGGACAUUCAAUACGAUGAGCGACCCUCAUCCUGUAGAUGCGGGAACUAACUACAUGCCGGCGGACUCGCCAUUGCCUACACAAUUGUCGUCUGAAUACAUCGAGCAAUUCUCGACUCCGCAUCUAUUCGUCGAGAAGGCGAGCAGCACGUCAGCCAAGGACAGAAACUCGUUUAUGAGUCCAGAGAGGUCAUUCAAGCAAGUCAGCGACAAGGACUCGUUCAUGACUCCGGAAGUUGAAGUUUUGGAGGACUCAGCCCUCGGUCGGUUCACAGCUUUAGUGCCCGUCAUCCACAACGAGGGCACCGAAAAGGAGGAAGUGAAGUUAACCCCUGUCAGGAGAUCCAGUCGCAUCCGAAGUCGACUUCAAUCACCUUGCAGCUCGACCCUUUCGCACUUCUCAUAUUCACCUGAAUAAUGAAUGUGCCACAGCGCGUCUCGUUUCGUCGAGGGACCGUGUAGAUGGCUGACCACACGCUGGCAGCUCUUGUCAAGCCUGCUUUUGAACGAGUCUACCACUCACUAGUUAAAAGAGCCGAGGAUGAUUCCUGACACUACCCUAUGUUUUCGGAGAAAGUGUUUUCCUUCGUGACUUCUUCCUUAGAAUCAUACGAGGGCAGCGUAGUCCACGAGAGGAAGCCUGCAAAAAAUUGUACUGUACAGAUCUGUACCCAGCAGAUAUGCAAGCAAGUUGCUGCGUGCUUGAAGGGAGCGGAAAACACUUCUCGUUUUCUUCACCAGUUGACAUUUGAAACUUAGAUUUAGCUGCCAGCUAGCUAGGUGCUAACCACGACUAUGAAGUACAGCUAGUCGUCAAUACACACUCACAUACAGCUGAUCCGCAUUUGCAAGUUCAUUUGCGUGCGGAGAGGAAUUGUAGAAACUCUCAUCCGUCAAUUCUUGACAUGUAGCAAAUACAUUAUCCUUAAUCUGGUACCAACGCCUGAUCUUAUUUGACACAUCUGACAUGCCAAAUGACCAUGAUGAUGAA